AAAAUAUCAGUGAAUAGUUGCACUCCAAAUGGCUACGGGGAAAUAUUCCAGAUUAGACAAUAGAAGAUCAUCAUCAAGUUACUGGUCAACAGUGACUGUUGUUAUGUUUGUGGGUCUAUCGUUGGUUGGAAUUUGGAUGAUGACAUCAUCUUCCGUGGUUCCUGAGCAAAAUGCAGAUGUGUCUCAGGGGAAUAAGAAUGAAGUAAACGAAAAGACUGAGGUUGAAAAACAGGGGAAUGACAAAAACAGGGGCAAGUCUCAGCAAUUAGAUAACCAAGGUGAUUUGCCUGUGGAUACAACCAUGGUUGACAGCAUUGUCUCUAAUGUCCCAGAAUACACAGACAGCAACAACGAUAAGAAGGAAGCUUCUAAUAUGGGAGAGGCUGAAGACACCACAGUUGAAAAGAAAUAUGAUUCCAAUGAGGAUGAGAAGAAGUAUGAUUAUAAUGAUAACAAAAAGUCCGACUCAGAUGGAAAUGAAAAUCAAUCAGAUGGUCCAAGUGAAACAAAAGAUGGUAAGAUAGAAGAGAAGGUAGAACAAAGCACUAACGACCCUGACGAAAGCUCUAGUGAGAAGAAAACAGAUGAUUCUGUGCAAAACCAGAGUUCAAAGGCGGUUUAUCCUUCUGGAGCACAGUCAGAGCUUCUGAAAGAAAGUACCACUCGAAUUGGGUCCUUUUCAACUCAGUCAUCAGAGUCAAAGAGUGAAAAAGAGUCUCAAAAUUUAUCUAAGCAGCCUACCGGUCAAUACAAUUGGAGACUUUGCAAUGUCUCUUCUGGUCCUGAUUUCAUCCCAUGCCUUGACAACUGGCAAGCAAUUAGGAAUCUCCGGACUACUAAGCAUUAUGAACAUAGAGAAAGACAUUGUCCUGUAGAAGCUCCUACCUGCCUUCUUCCUCUUCCUGAAGGAUAUAGAACUCCGAUUGAGUGGCCCAGAAGCAGAGAUAAGAUAUGGUAUCACAAUGUUCCACACACUAUGCUUGCUCAAUACAAGGGGCACCAGAAUUGGGUAAAAAUGGCCGGCGAGUACCUUACUUUUCCUGGUGGUGGAACUCAGUUCCAGCAUGGUGCUCUUCAUUACAUUGACUUUAUACAACAGUCGGUACCUGAAGUUGAGUGGGGCAAACACACACGUGUGGUGUUAGAUGUUGGAUGUGGCGUUGCCAGCUUUGGAGGCUUUCUCUUUGAGAGGCAUGUUCUCACGAUGUCAUUUGCACCAAAGGACGAACAUGAAGCUCAGGUACAAUUUGCACUUGAAAGAGGAAUUCCCGCUAUAUCAGCUGUCAUGGGCACAAAGAGGCUUCCCUUCCCAGGGAAAGUAUUUGACGCCGUCCAUUGUGCACGCUGUAGAGUUCCAUGGCAUGUAGAAGGUGGUAAGCUUCUCUUGGAGCUGAAUCGAGUAUUGCGACCUGGUGGUUUGUUUUUGUGGUCUGCUACUCCUGUUUAUCAGAAGCAAGACGAAGAUGUGGAGAUAUGGCAAGCCAUGAAAGCACUAACAAAAGCAAUGUGCUGGGAAGUUGUGUCAAUCCAAAGGGAUAGAGUCAAUAAAGUGGGUAUAGCUAUUUACAGGAAGCCAGCAUCUAAUGAGUGCUACAUGAAACGUUCAGAAGAGAAGCCUAGUCUCUGUCCAGACUAUGAUGAUCCUAACGCAGCAUGGAACGUUCCAUUACAAACUUGCAUGCACAAAGCACCUGAGAAUUCAACUGAGCGUGCAUAUAAAUGGCCAGAAGAAUGGCCAGCCAGACUGUCCAAACCACCAUACUGGUUGCUGAGUUCCCAAGUUGGAGUUUAUGGAAAGCCUGCCCCUGAAGAUUUUUCCACUGAUUAUGAAAACUGGAAAAAUAUAGUAUAUGGGUCUUAUCUAAAUGGGAUUGGAGUUGAUUGGUCAAAAGUUAGGAAUGUCAUGGAUAUGAGAUCUGUUUAUGGAGGUUUUGCUGCAGCUUUAAGGGAUUUAGAGAUUUGGGUCAUGAACGUGGUUUCAAUAGACGCAGCUGACACUCUUCCUAUUAUUUACGACCGUGGCCUUUUUGGCAUCUAUCAUGAUUGGUGCGAAUCAUUCAGCACUUAUCCUAGGAGUUAUGAUCUCCUCCAUGCCAAUAAUCUGUUUUCAAAGCUUAAGAAGAGUUGCAAUUUGACAGGUGUAGUUGCCGAGGUUGAUCGGAUUCUGAGGCCAGGAGGAAAGUUCCUCGUUCGCGACAAAUCUGAGAUGAUUAAGGAAAUCGAGGGGAUGGUGAAGUCUUUGCAUUGGGAAAUUCUCACGAGUUACUCUAACGAUAAGAAUGGAUUUCUAAGUGCCCAGAAGUCCACUUGGCGGCCUAAGAAGAAGGAGACACUCCUGUAUGCUCUUGCUCUUCCUAAAGAUCUUCAGCGUGAUCAAAAUGUCGAUAAGGUGAUACCGUAGGAGGGUAACCAUAUUUUGUUUUUUGAUCUUUGGGGCCAAAAUUAGUAGGAUAAAAGUUAGAAGCUUGUCGAUUUUGAUCUCAAUUUAGAGGGUUAUUUUCUUGUUUUUGUUAAAGUUGUUGGUAAGGCAGUCAGUUUGAUUAUGUUCUCGUAAUUGUAAAGCGUAUUUUGGUUGCUAGAAGCCUAAUAAAAUUUUUUGGCACUGGUUAGGCUAAUUAA